UCCUAUUAUCCAAGUACAGCCUCUCCUUGUUUGUUCCUAAAGAAACUGGUCACAUCCCUUCUCUUAUUACAGACUUUAUCCACCGUCGCAAUGAAGUUCUCCAUCCUCCUCUUCGUUGCCACCGCUCUCGGUGCGCCUGUCGUCACGCAGCGCGAUACUGACACCACUGAGGGCGUCGUCACUUGGGCUGAUGUGGCUGCACGCGACACCGAUACCACUGAGGGUGUCGUUACUUGGGCCGACGUUGCUGCUCGUGACUCUGACACUACCGAGGGUGUCGUCACUUGGGCCGACGUUGCUGCGCGUGACUCUGACACUACCGAGGGUGUCGUCACUUGGGCCGACGUUGCUGCGCGUGACUCUGACACUACCGAGGGUGUUGUUACUUGGGCGGAUGUCGCCGCGCGUGACUCUGACACUACUGAGGGUGUUGUUACUUGGGCCGACGUCGCUGCGCGUGGCACUGAUACCACUGAGGGUGUUGUCACUUGGGCCGACGUUGCUGCGCGUGACACUGACACCACUGAGGGUGUCGUUACUUGGGCCGACGUUGCUGCAUAGACUGUCCCGACCUGAGAUAUCCAGGCGAAUACCCGACGAGGUCUACUUCACCAUUUUGACCAGGAUGGCCUAAGAUGUUGAGAUGGCU